AUGGGCCUCGGUCGAAAGAAAUCCGAAGACUCUGGGCUAGCAACAGACGACGGAACCACUACAGCGACGUCGCCGUCAAAUUCACCGCUAUAUUUACCACCUUCACCGUCACCAGAGGGAAAAUACCGCUUUGCAGCGGUAGCAGCCGACAAUGCAGAGUGUUCUAAAAUCGGAAAAAGUUCUUGCAAGACUUACGCUGUGGUCGCUCGGGAACAGGCACCUUCCAUGGCCACAGAGUACAUGUUCACUGCCGACAAAAACAUCUCUUCAACAGCAGGCGGACAGGCUAUCGCCAUACCCGGUAAAAUACGAGGACUUUAUGAGGCCUGGAAACUUGGUGGUCUGUUACCAUGGAAACAAUUGUUUCAACCAGCAAUAAAGCUGUGUAGGGAUGGAUUCAGUGUCAGCAAACCGCUUAGUGAUCAUAUGGCAGCAAAAGAAGCAGAGUUCCAGAACUUCACUUCAUUUAUACAGUUGAUCACAAACCCUAACACUGGCAAAACGUACAAAGAAGGCGAAAUGAUGAAGCUACCGAAAUUGGCGCAAACUUUACAGAUUAUCGCAGACGAAGGCCCAGAUGCGUUUUAUAGUGGUAGUUUAGCAGACGAUAUUGUUGCCGACAUUCAGGAAGCGGGUGGUAUUAUCACAAGACAGGACUUGGCCAAUUACACGUCAUUGGUUGGAGAUGCGCUAAGCUUCACUCUCCAUGGAAACUUCUUAGCGUAUUCUCCGCCGCUGCCUUCAAGUGGAGCUGUCUAUCUUUUCAUAUUGAACAUGCUGAAUGAUUUCAAGUUGACUCCGGAUAGCGUAUCAAACGUUGCCAGCGCAACCACUACUUGGCAUCGAGUGACUGAGGUAUUUAAGCAUGCAUUUUCUGUGCGACAACAGCUUGGUGACAAUAACGUUGGUUCAGAGGCUUUUAGGACGUAUGUUGCAGAGCUCGUGCGAAAUAUGACUGACCCGUCAUUCGGCUACGCCCGCAGACAGCAAAUCAAUGAUACCAGGACAUUCGGCUCAGACUACUACCACCCGAUUGUUGACAGCGCCUGGGAGGAUCACGGCACCUCCCACCUGUCAGUCCUAGCAUCCAACGGAGACGCUGUGUCAAUUACCAGCACUAUAAAUACGUUCUUUGGUUCAAAAGUGAUAGGCGCUCGUACGGGAAUUAUAUUCAACAAUACAAUGGACGAUUUCUCCACGCCAGGGACUGUGAACUAUUUUGGAGUGCCGGCUUCUAAGGCGAAUUGCAUAGCUCCUUGGAAGCGUCCUUUGUCCUCCAUGUGUCCAAGCAUCGUCAUUGACGGGCACUGUAAUGUUCGGCUGGUAAUUGGCGCCUCCGGGGGUACGCGAAUUAUAACUGCAACGGCAUUGGCGACCAUAGAAGCACUGCAGUUUAAAUGGGGAAUCAAAGAGGCUAUCGACUACCCGCGUAUUCAUCAUCAGUUGUUUCCACAAGAACUAGAAGUGCAUAGAGGUUUCCCACAGGUUGUAAUAGACGGUUUGAAAGCCAUUGGUCACAGCGUUUCGGUGGUAUCAGGCGCAAAUAGCACGUGUCAAGGUAUCUUGCGUCAGGAGAACUUCAUCAUGGCUAAUUCCGAUUACAGAAAAUACGGCAAACCCGAUGGAUAUUAA